CUUGUCUUGUUUUUCACUCUCAUUCUAACCCUCCACUUAGCGAAGCUCUAAAUCUCACCCUCAUAUAUUUCCUAUUCACAAUCCUCUCUUUCUCAAUAAACCCUCUGCACUUAGCUAAGCCCUCAGUCUCAAUCCCUUGAAUAUUUUGCCUUCAUUCUGGUUGAAGAAACAGAAUCACCAUAUUCAUGUAAGGAUUAAACAAUCUACCUUUGCGUCUUCUUCUUUUUAUAUUUGCUUUUGCUGUUGUUACAGUCCACAACCCACUUGGGUAGGUUUCAACUUAGGGAUAAUCAAGAGCACGACAAAAGAAACUCGUCGUCCAGCAAACAAAAGGGUUAAAGGGACAUCAUCAAUGGGUGAUGAUGGCAGAAUUUCGAAACUUCCUGAUGCAGUGAUCAUUCAUAUCCUGUCGUUUCUACCCACUGAAGAUGUGGUUCGGACAUGCCUUCUUUCAAAGCGUUGGAAACUCCUAUGGUAUUCAGUCCCUACACUCUUUUUCUCCAAUCAUACUACCAAUGAUGUUGAAAAGUUUUAUAAUUAUGUGGAUAAUUGUUUGGAGCACCGCAACAAAGCUUUUAUAGUUGAUUCAGUCAUAACUAGUUUUAAGCUUAAGAUGUUUGAUUGCUAUCAUGGAAGUAAGGCUGGCCUCCUAGAUAAAUGGUUAGCUUUUGCAGUUGAGAAUAAGAUUAAGGAAAUAUAUCUUAGCAUAGGCCAAGAGCAAGUUAGUGACAGUAAUUUCAUUGACUACUACUGCUUACCUAAAAUACUAGACAAUGCAAGAUAUUUGACUAUUUUGGAGCUGAAUGGGGUAAAGCUGGAUACUUCUUAUUCAUUCAGUUUUCCAUUUUUAAAAACUUUGUCAUUGGAAGAUGUUUGGCAAUCACAUACUGCAGAGGAGGAUGGGGUAGUUAGAUUUUUGUUGGGUUGCCCUUCUCUUGAGAAAUUGCGGUUACAUGACUAUGUUUUUUUACGUACUAAUGUUCGGUUCCAGUUACAAAGUUUAAGCCUCAAGUUCAUGGAACUUAUAUCUGAAAACUAUGAUUAUGAUGUACAAAUUCAAGUUGAUGCCAUAAAUCUUGAAUCUUUGGUAGUGGAAAGCAUUUCCUUGGACCAAAUAAAUCUCUCUUCUUGCAAGAAGAUUAGAAAUUUGACAUUAUCUAAUGUUUACUGUAUGAACAACAAUCAUCCGUCAUCAUUGGAAGUUCUCAUGUCAAAUAUUCCUCUUAUUGAGAAUUUAACUUUGAGCAUCUGCAAUCCAUUGAAGUCGGAGCACCUUAAAAUCCCGAGCCAAUACUUGAAAAGUUUCUGUUUUGAUAAUUGUACACCCUCCUGUGGUCAAGGAGUGAUGAAGGUCGUUACACUUGAAUCUGCUCCAAACUUAGCAUACUUUUGUUAUGUAGGUAAUAUCAAUUUUAGCAUAUCAAUGGAGUCAUCAUCCGGUUCUUUAAAUGGAGAAUUUAUAAUUCUUGAGGGACAGAGAGACUAUGACACAAAAUGGUAUACCGAUAUGAUGAAUUUUCUUGUGAAUCUCAAAUGUUCUUGGAAUAUUGUGACCUUGCAUGUUAGCACAUAUAAGGCUCUCAUCUGGCCAGAAAACUUGAAGAACAUAUGUCGUUAUCCCUUGCUUAAUUGGAAGCAUCUCAGAGUGAUUACUAACUGUUGUAAUCCUUGUAAGCCUGAGAAUGAGUCAGACUUGAAGGAUGCUUUGAUGUGGAUUUCACCUUCUUUGGAAACAUUAUCUAUUAAUGAAAAGGUCAUAUUUUAGUUGCUUUACAAUAUUGUAACUGCUGAUUAAGAGUAGGGAUGACUGUAUUUUAUUAGUUUUCUUUGCUAAAUGGUGUACUUUAGUCCUUUCUUGAGAUUGUGUUUACUUUAUUUGUAGCUUUGUAUGAGAUGAAUAUUUUCUUGUCAACUAGCUGGCAUUGUUCUAUGUAUUAAUGAGAUUACUCAACAUUUAUAUGUUUUGAUGCAACAACAAGAUGUUAGUAGU